AUGAAUCAUCCGACAAAAAUGAUAAUAAUUACAUCGAAUAAAGAUCUUAUUGAUGAAUUAUCUACAAAAAAAAGCGCAGAUACUCAAAUUAUUAAUUGCAAUGGAAAUAAUUUAAUUGAUUUAAUAUCCAAAGACAAUAAUAGUUCAUUUGAUUUUAAUUUUCUUGCUCAACUUUCUGAACUUAAUUCAAAUAAUGAUCAAAUAUAUAAACAUGUUCUUGAUACUUCACAAGAUAAUCGAUCAAAAAUAGGCAAAACAUCAAAGAAAACAACUAAUCUUGUUUGUGUUAUAUGUAGUGAUCAUGCUAUUGGAUUUAAUUAUGAUGUUUUAACAUGUGCAUCAUGUAAAGCAUUCUUUCGUCGUAAUGCUCAUCAUCAUCCAGAUAAACUUCGUUGUUUAACAGGUGAAAAGAAAUGUUCAAUUGAUUAUAGUUCAUUUCGUAAAUGUCAACGAUGUCGAUUAGUCAAAUGUUUUAUGUUAGGAAUGAGAAGAGAUUUUAUUAUUACUGAUGAAGUAAAACGAAAACGUCGACAACGUAUUGAAGAAAAUCGACAACUUUCAUAUGAAUAUCAAUCGACAAAUGAAACUAUUAAUUCAAUAAAUGAUGAACAUCUUUCACAAACUAUUCAAGAAAUUGAUCAGCUUUUGAUGGAUACAGAUAAUGAUAAUAUAAUAUCACAUGAUACAAAUGAAGGUAAUAUUAUGGAAAGAAUAUCAUCAAAAAGUCUUUCAAUUGAAGAUCGAUCGGAGAUUGAAAGUAUUGAAUUAAAUUAUUCAUCUAUAUUUCAUAAAGAUAAUAUUACAUCUUUUCCAUUUAAUAUGUCUGAUCGUACAUCCGCUUUAAUAUCAUGGUCUGAAUUUACUAAUCGAAAUGUUUUAAAAUUAAUUGAAUUUUUUCAACAUAUUGAUGAAUUUGAAAAUUUAAAUCUUGAUGAUAAAUUUAUUUUAAUAAAAUAUAAUCUUCUUUCAUUACAUUUAAUUCAAAAAUGUCUUAAUUAUAAUGUAUUAACUGGAUCAUUUACUAAUAUGAAUGAUGAAGAUAGAUUAAAACGUCGUGAAUUUUUUAAUUUAUGUUAUGGAACAAGUGGAAUUAGAGAAUCUUUUAAAAGUUUAAUGAAUUCAUUUUCAAUAAUAACUGAACAAGAUUCAACAUUAAUUAAACUUAUUCUUAUUAUAUUAAUUUUUACAAAAGGUUUAUCUAUGAAUGAAAAUGAACCAUUUUUAAAAGAUACGCAAGCUGUUAAUCGAGCACAAUCUUAUUAUAUAAGAUUAACAUGGAAUUAUUUAAUUGAUAAACAAGGUGAACAAAAAACAAUUCAACAAUUUAUGAAAUUAUUAAGUGAAAUAACACGAAUUCAAUUAUUAAAUAUAAAUUAUCGACAAUUUUUUCGUUCACAACUUCAAUCAACAGAUGCUUUAGAAAGAUUUUCACCACUUAUGAAAUCUGUUUUAAAUAUUGUUUGA